AUGGUGGGUUUAUUCAAUAGAAGAAGAAAAUCAGAAUCGUAUCAAGGGUUUAGCAAGUAUGCACAAGAAAUAAAUGCAUAUCACAACCCAAAUCAGCAUGCUGGUUUGCCAAUUAAUUCAGAACAACCACAACGAGCACAGUCAAUGACCAGUGCUGGACAGGCUGCCGCUAUGGCGUUAAAAUUACACAGUUCCCCCCAGAAAUCACAACAACAACAACAACCACAACAGCGGACAGCCGCUCAAACUCAAUAUGCAAGGGCACAAUCAUUGACUUCGGGAAGAUCCAAUUCAAUGCGACAAUAUACAUAUAAUCCCAAACCAUCGUACGUUCCAGGGAACGCUAGCAUCCCUAAUGCCAGAAGAUAUAAUAGUUUGACUUCUGCUUCCAGGGUGAAUUAUAAUAGUAAUGUGCCCACAUCACCGUUACAGCACCAGUACACACAAAUCCACGAGGAAAAUGAAGGUGCUGAUGAAGAGGAAAUCAUCAUCACCACAACUACCACGAAAGUUGUUGACUCACAAGGUAGAACUACCUCACUCACAACAAAGACGGUCAAAACUCUACCUGAUGGGUCUAAUAUCAUAGAAACAACCACGAAAAACAUAUCGCGUACCAACUCAAGAGCAAACUCGUUGAACUCAGGGACAAAUUAUCGGUCUGGAUCUUUGACACGCGCUGCAAACAUCAAUUUGUCCAAGAUAGAUGAAGACUUGCAGAAUUUUGAAUACGACUAUCAAGUCGAUAACCCAGCAUUAGAUAACCCAGAAACGAAGUUGAUGUUGAAUUUACCUGAUAAUUCGGAACAACAAGCACCAAAGGAAUUGGGAUCACCAUUUUUAGCAUCGGAUCACCCUAUUACUGCAGUGAGAUCAGACUCACUCAACAGUCAAGGUCAGCCAAAACCAUUGAGAUCAAUUUUGAAAAACUCCCAAGUACCAAUUAUUGUCGAGAAACCAGCCUCACCCUCAAAACUGCCACUGGUGGCAGCAGCAGCGGCAGCUUCUGUUACGAGCUCACCGCGAGGUGAUAUACGGCAACAAGUUGUUGAAUCAGAUGACAGUUUCAAAAGUCCGAUCUCAAGGGCUCCAAUUAGUCCAGUAUCUUUACAGUCACCAAACAAAUCAAGGUUUUCUCGCGUGCCCGGAUCACCUAAUCAACGAAUUGGAGGAUCACCUCCAAGUUCCAUUAGAUUUAAUGAAAAGGUUCAAACUAUUCCAGUAUAUAAUGAAGACAGUGAUACUAGAGUUCGUGCUCAGCGUGUAAAAGUUUCUACGCCAUCUGCUCCAGCUAAAACAAAACAACAAACUGAUGCCGAUUUGUAUGCUGCAGCAAUGAAAGCUGCCAUGAAGAAAGUUUACGGUGACAGGGAUCCGAACCAACAAGCAGCUGCACAAGAGUCUGUUCCAACCUCAAAAGUCGCACCUGAAGAACCUAAGAAAAUGAAACUUGGUUUUAUUGCAUUGAGCCCUCGUGAUAAGAGUCACCAUGAAAGAAAAUCUUCAUUCAAUUCAGAAACUGAAAAUGUUGCAAAAACAAGCGAGGAGAGUGCCGACUCUGAUGCUACACCUGCAAAGGCGAUUAAAGGAUCACUGGCACAAGAAGUUCCUCCAGACUAUGAAUAUGUUAACCACCAUCGUGAAUUUGUUACUCAUUCUUUAAGAGGAGACAAUAAAGGCUCAACUCGAAAAGACCGUGUCAAAGAGGAAAAACGGAAAGCUAAAGAAGCUGCUAAGGAGCAAGCACAAGAAGAAAAGAGAAAGGCAAAAGAGCAAGCUGAAGAAGAAAAGAUAAGAGCAAAAGAAGCUGCAAUUGAAGAAGAAAGGUUAGCUAAGGAAAAAGCAGCUGAGGAUAAAAGAGUUGCCAAAGAACAAGCGGAUGAAGAAAAACGCAAAGCUAAGGAGUUGAAGAAGGAGAAAAAGAAGUUUGGAUUUUUCAGCAGUAUAAAACGAAGAACAAGUACAGCAUCUGCAUAUUCAUCUGGAAGUGGAUCAAUCGUUCGUGGUACAAACAGGGGGCAGCAUGACGAAGACCAUGCUUUGUCUGAUGAUAUUUCAACUACUGAGGCAUACUCUUCUCACGUGAACGAUUCUAGCUUGAACCCAGUUUUGAAUUCGGUCACAUCAGUAUCUGAUGAUUUGACAGAAGUCCAACCUCCGAAGAUUGAGAAACGACCAGAAAUCUCGAAGAAAGAAGAUAUCCCUUCAAACACGGAAAAAUUGAACAAACUUGCAGAAACCAAAGAAGUGGAGCUUGAAAAACUUCUUGAAGAUGACCUUGCACCUGAAGCUGAUGUCACACAGAAAGAUACUGCUGACGUACUUGUUGAGAAACCGGAUAAUACAGAAGACAAUUUUGGUAGUGUUGUCAUUGAUGAUGAAUUGUACCAAGUGUCGAUUCCAAGAAAUGCACGUUUUUCUGAUGGCCAUGAAAUGGAACCAAGUGAAGGAAUGUACUUGACUGAAAAAUCUCAUAAUGAAGCUUAUCCACUGCCUAAUAUUGUGGGUAGUUCUCCAGUUAUUAAUACAAGCAGUAACGACAAAUUACCGCUGCCAAUAGACGAACAACAUACAGAAGAUGCAAAUGAGGUUUUCCAUAGUCCUGAAACUCCAAGCGAGGUCAAAGCUGACAUUCCUGUACCCGAGCUUGGUUCUAUAAUUGAUGAAGAGGAUGAAUUUGAAGAUGUUAUAGUUCCUGAAGAUAAGGAGUCAGUGUAUGAAAAUUCCGAACCAGAAGUCAUUGACGAAGAGGCGCCUCAUCUCGAAUCUGUGGAAACGGAUCGUUCUCCAGCGCAUAUUGAUUCUGAUCCAAACGUGGAAAACAGUUAUAGCAAACAAGUUUCUGAGCCAAUUAAUAAUACCCCAACUGUGGAAGCAAGUCCAGGAGCUGAUUACGAACUAGCACUUAUAAAUCAACAAACAGAUACCGAGAGAGAACAAGAUUUACAGACAGAGCAUUUACGUGAGCCAGAAAAGAAAGUUACAAGUGGUGAUGUUGCUCUUAUUCCUGAAACUGCUACAGUAGCAGUAUUUACACAACAAUCUCAUGAGAAGUUAAAUAUUCCAGAUCAAGCUGCCGAUGUUGAGGAAAGAUUCGACAUGGACGAACAUUCAUCUGCACCUCCAAGUUCUGAUUCAUUACCUGGAACAAAUUCCACCAAAGCAACUGAAAACUCUCCACAAGAUGAUUUGGUUGUUGAAAACAAAACAAACCCCCCAAAAAAACCAAGUAAAUUCAAACAAAAAAUUCUUAAAUAUUUUGUCAAUAGUUAUGAUAAAAUUUGA